UUACUUAUAUUUAUUUCCGGGGACUUUUAUUUAUUCCGUCUAUUUAGUCCAACAACUGUUGCCACAACAACUGCUUCCCCAACAACUGCAGCCGCAACAAUUGCAGCACCAACAACUGCUGCACCAACAACUGCUACCCCAACAACUGCAGGAGCAACAAGUGCUGCCCCAACAACUGCUGCCCCAACAACUGCUUGGAAUCACUGGUACAUCUACAGAUGA